AUGCCUACUAACCGAGGGUCUGCUACUGCAAUUGAAGUCAUCUCUGCAGGUGGCUCACAUACCCCAGCAUUCUUGAUUCUUACGGGAGCGGUCCAUCAGAGCGCCUUCUACCGUAUCCCAGAACUUCACGAUGAUGCUGUGAUUGCUGUAUCCACUUCGGGGUUUACCAACGAUGAGCCAAGUCUUGAAUGGCUGAAUCACUUUGACAAACACACGGCGCAGAAAACGACGGGGCAAUACAGGCUUCUCAUAAUCGAUGGGCACGGCUCAGACCAUACUGUGGAAUUUAUCCAGUACGCCGACGACAACACGCUGGAUAUCCUUGUACGAGAUGGCUGCCUUCACAUCACCAAGUCAGAAUUCUUGGCUACAAUCGAGUCAGUUCGAGGGCAAGCCCUCAAGGCUCCCACCAUUCAAUCUGCGUUUAGGAAGACUGGUAUCGUGUCUUGGAACCCAAAGCCAAUCCUUGAUCAGAUACAGGCAUUACACCCAACCUCACCCCGAGAGGUGACAACCCCGCCACCAAACAACUGGUCAUCAUCGCCAUUCGAUGCCCCGUAUAUACUACGGCACUUGAAUAACGCGGCCAGCAAGAUUGAGGACAUCCAGGAAGCCAUGGGAGAGUUACAGCCAGCCCUGAAGACUGAAAUGGACCGGUUGAUACGAGGGGCUGUAGUCCAGUCGGCCGAGCUCCGUCAGACCAUGAAGGGCCUAGCGCGCACCAAGAUGGCCGAGGAUCUCCGGAAACAACGCAAAGUUGGAAGGAAUAGGCUACUGCAGUCAAAAGGGGCCCGGGGUUGGGGGGGGUCACUACGAUAUCUGACGGCCGUAGAAUGGUUCGGCAGUCUGAAAAAACGCUCUUGA